UCUUGAAGCAGGGGCAGCCUCAGCAUGCUCCUGGGGCCAGGGUGGGAGCCGACCGUUGGUAUGCUCCUCCCCGCCUGAGCCUCACCCCCACCCUGGGGGUACCUCGAACAUAACAGGAAAUUUCAAAUAACAGGAAACCAAGACCGGGCAAGUCUGCAGCUCCACCCUGCCUGGGGCCAGCCACCCUGGGCCUCAUUCUGCCCCGGGGGACUGCCAUGAACACCACGGGGUCCCUGGCGGAGGCCCUUGAGGCCUGCCAGCAGCUGGCGGCUGGUGGGCACAGCCAGCUUAUCAUCCUGCACUACAACCACUCAGGCCGGUUGGUGGGGCGGGCCGGGUCCGAGGACGGGGGCCUGGGGAUCCUGCAGGGGCUCUUUGUGGCCAUAAGCUGCCUGGUGGUGCUGGAGAACCUUUUGGUGCUGGUGGCCAUCGUGACCCGCAUGCGGUCCCGGCGCUGGGUCUACUAUUGCCUGGUCAACAUCACGCUGAGUGACCUGCUUACCGGCUUGGCCUACCUGGUCAAUGUCCUGCUGUCUGGGGCCCGAACCUUUCACCUGGCACCGGCCACCUGGUUCCUGCGGGAGGGCGUGCUCUUCAUGGCUCUGGCCGCCUCCACCUUCAGCCUGCUUUUUACCGCCGGUGAGCGAUUCGCCACCAUGGUGCGUCCGGUGGCUGAGAGUGGGAACACCAAGAAGUUCCGCGUCCUGGGCUUCAUUGGGCUCUGCUGGCUGCUGGCCGCCCUGCUGGGCCUGCUGCCCCUGCUCGGCUGGAACUGCAUGUGUGCCUUCCAGAGCUGCUCCAGCCUGCUCCCGCUCUACUCCAAGGCCUACAUCCUCUUCUGUGUGGUCAUCUUUGGCUGUAUCCUGGCCACCAUCACGGUGCUGUACGGGGCCAUCUUCCGGGUGGUACGGGCCAACAGACAGACGGCCUCGCGCACCCCAUUACGUCGCAAUGCCCGCCGGCUGCUCAACACGGUGCUCAUGAUCCUGGUGGCCUUCGUGGUCUGUUGGGGUCCACUCUUUGGCUUGCUGCUGGCCGACAUCUUUGGCUCCAACAUCUGGGCACAGGAGUACCUGAGGGGCAUGGACUGGAUCCUGAUGCUGGCCGUGCUCAACUCAGCCAUCAACCCACUCAUCUACUCCUUCCGGAGCCGGGAGGUGUGCCGGGCUGUGCUGGGCUUCCUCUGCUCUGGGUGUCUCAGCCUGGGCCUGCGAGGGCCUGGGGACUGCCUGGCCCAGGCCGCCGAAGCCCACUCUGGAGCCUCUACCACUGACAGCUCACUGAGGCCCAGGGACAGCUUUCGGGGCUCCCGGUCGUUCAGCUUUCGGAUGCGGGAGCCCCUGACCAGCAUCUCCAGCGUGAGGAGUGUCUGAGCCACAGCUGGGGAGGGUGGCCCAGCCACCAGUGCGUGCUCAUGCAGGCCCUCCUCCUGGCCUUCAGGAGCCACAGGCAGAGUGGCCAGGUGCCUGGGAGCCUGCAAGGAGGCAGCAGGCACCUGGGAUGGAGAGGAGGGAACAGGGCAGCCAGACAGGUAUCCCAAGGCCCUCUGGUCCUCCCCACAGCCCUCAGGCCUGCUGAUGCCAAGUGGGUGUUUCAUGGUGUCCUCAGAGAAGGAGGCGACCACUCAUUGGAAGAGAGAGUACCCUGGAGUGGGGACAAAUGGGGUUGCUACAUAUGCCCCUGGCUCCUGUGUGAUUCCAGGGAAGUCCCGGCCCCUCUCUGGGCCUCAGUGGGGCUCCCAGGUGGCAAGGGGCAGACUAUGGGGUCGAUGCCCUGGCAACAUGGAAGUUCAAUGAUAGUAUGAGAUGUCUCAGUCUCCCUGUUAUUCAUGUGUGUGUACGGGGACGAUGGCAGCGGGGCUGUGUUGGCUCGGAGCGUGCAAGGAGGCAUAUCAGUGGCCUGGGAGGGCUUUGGGUCUGGUGCUUGGGAGGGUAUGGUUUUGAGGG